AUGGACGACUUAACGUUGAGAAGUCACAUGCGAAGCUACGAAGCCAGGACACCAGCACCUAACCGAGGAGCAUGUGAUAAAGGAAGACACAGAUAUUGUUAUCAAGAGAUUCGCAACAGGGAAGGGGCUACAACGGGUUUUACGGGAAGAUGGACCGACAAAUUAAAAGAUGCGAAUAUCUCGCAGCUAUGGCCAAGAAUAAGCAAGCAUAGGAAAGCAGUAUAUGCGGACCUCUCUAGCAACCAGCAGGAGGAUUACAACUGGAAGGCAAUUCUCGACUGCAUUGCAGACCAUGCAUUGGAAGUACAGGAGCUCCGGAUAGGAAACAAUACAAACACCAAAGUAGUUUGGACCAACGACAAGUGGAGAGAGCUGGUGAAGGACGGCUUAAGUGGGGCAUGGAACGACGUGGCAAAGGGGCAAGGCCUCCUAAGCGCCAUAGCAUGUGUGAUAAUGGCAUUAUUGACUGAUGAUUCAGCAAGCCCCUCAGGAACGAAUCGAACCGAGGGCCCUUGUGCAAAUAUCCUGGAGCAGGUCAAGUUACAAUUAAGGAAAAAAGAAGCAGGGAACACCCCGGAGGAAAUAAUAACCAUUAGUCAAUUUCUAGACCAGAUUGAGGAGUCCAACGCCGACGAGCAGGGUAGGUUGGAUGGUUUAGGAUUUCUAUUAAGCAUCGCUUAUGGUUUAAGCCAAUGUUGUGAGUAUAAGAAGGGAUUAACAUUGGGGAAUCUACUACUAAAAGGAAGUUGGGACUUGAGGAGUCUUCCUCCAUGUUAUUUUCAGGGGGCAACGUUGGUGUGUGCAGCUUCAAACAAGGGAGGCCAAGGGAUGAAGGUGAAUAUCUGGAACAACACAGACAGGUUAAGGGUAACCCGCACCAGGAGAAGGGGAGCAAAAGCCUUAGUCCUAAAGGAAGGAGACAGCGAAAGAGAACUAAUGACGACAACCAGCACUUAUGAGAGCCAAAAGGCCCCCCACUUACCAAACGAAAAAAACCAAGAGAAAAAAAGAGACAACAGAAAUAACAGUGAGCAGGUAGUGGGACAACAACCCACCCCAGCACCGAUGAGUCCCCAAGGCCUAGAGGGUACCUCCGGGACACAGCCAGCCGGAGUCCGGAAUGGCGACGAUCAAGCAGAACAGCCGGAAGCCGCAAGGACGGAAGAUGUUGACCAGCGCCAGGAUCCAGACGCCAUCGGAAUCAGGCAAGGACCAAGUGACGACGUGCAAUCAAAAACAAACUCCCAGGGCCCGACGGAACAUGGAGGACAUAAUGAAGGGAAGGAGGGGGGGCUUAAGCCUGCGUCCUCCAACCGAGGCAGGGAGAGGGGGGGAAGCCUCAGGACUAGGUCGAAAUUCAGGGAACAAUCGGUGAAGGAACAAACCGUGGACGAAGAAGGACAGGGCGAAGAAAGGGGAGUUGAGGGGGGGCCAUGA